GUUGAAUCAUUCAAUAGAAAUCCCAUUGAAUUAUUAAUCCAUUGUGACUGGUAAUAUCGUGUUAAUUGUUCUCUAAAAAUUGUCAGACAGGCGAAAUAACUGGCGCUAUUGGAUCGUUCAACCAAAAGAUGAAAAUUAUCGAAAUUUUAUUCACAACGAGUUAUUUGGUUGACUUCUGUGCCUCCAAAUGCCCGAAUGGAAUAAACGGGUAUGGAAUGACAGAGAAAGCACGCAUUGACGUGCUGUUUUGGCACAAGCACUAUAGAAGUGAAUUGGUCGAAGGAUUAGUACCUAAUCUCCCUAAAGCGAAGGAAAUGCCAGAAAUGUUCUACGAUGCUGAAUUAGAAACCGAAGCUCAAUAUUUCGCAAAUCAUUGCCAUUAUGAAUAUGAGAACGUUACCACAAAAUCUUGGGGACUGGUGGGUAUAAAUUUACAUAUUCAGGUCAGUAAGAACUUCGAUAGGAGGCAAGAGUGGGCUCAAGUUGUAUACGAAUGGUGGCACGAGCAAGAUAUGUAUUAUUUUGGUAAAAGUGUUAUUACCCAAGCUAAACAUUUUGGACAGAUAAUUUGGGCAAAAACUGAGAAUAUUGGAUGUGGCUUCACAAUCUUCCCAAUUAAACAUCCUAAUCUGAUACUUUUCCACAAAUUUUACGUAUGUGCCUAUGCACCAAAGGGAAAUAUACCUGGUGAGCUUCCUUACGAAGUGGUAUCAAAGGGAAAAAAUUGAGAAUAUAUUCCAUCAAUUUUCAUUUGGAUUCAAGAGGGAAGAAGACAAACUACAUCUCAACUAGUGACAAUUUUAUUUGAGCAUAAAUGCAACUGUUUCUUUGAAAUAAAAAUGUUUUUAUCCA